GCCUGGGCUGUGCUCGCCGCUCCGCACAUAGCGCCGAGAAAAAUGCUGCUCUCCGUACCGCCAAGGGCAGGAAUCAACCCAUACAACGGCUAUAACAGCAGAAACAGCAAAAAGCAGGCCUAUGUGUCCUCCGGCCACCAGAUGGCGCCCCCCAGUCCCAACACCAACAGCAGCAGCAACAGCAGCAGCGGGGGAGGGGAACAGCUGAGUAAAACGAACCUGUAUAUCCGCGGCCUCCAUCCGGGAACCACGGACCAAGACCUGGUCAAACUCUGCCAACCGUACGGCAAGAUUGUUUCGACCAAGGCCAUCUUGGAUAAAACCACCAACAAAUGUAAAGGGUAUGGCUUUGUGGACUUUGACAGUCCAGCAGCGGCACAGAAAGCUGUUACAGCUCUGAAGUCCAGCGGGGUCCAGGCUCAGAUGGCCAAACAACAGGAGCAGGACCCCACCAACCUCUACAUAUCCAACCUGCCAGUGUCCAUGGAUGAGCAAGAGCUGGAGAGCAUGCUCAAGUCCUUUGGCCAGGUCAUUUCCACACGUAUCCUGAGAGAUGCCAACGGGACCAGCCGUGGUGUGGGAUUUGCCAGAAUGGAGUCUACAGAGAAGUGCGAGGCCAUAAUUCAGCAUUUCAACGGGAAAUUCAUAAAGACUCCACCAGGAGUGCCUGUGCCCACAGAGCCCUUAUUAUGUAAGUUUGCCGACGGAGGUCAGAAGAAGAGGCAGAACCAGGGGAAGUACCUCCAGAAUGGAAGGCCCUGGGCUAGAGACGGAGACACGGGAGGAAUGACGCUUGCGUAUGACCCCACAGCCUUACAAAAUGGCUUCUACUCCUCACCCUACAGUCUGGCUCCAAACCGAAUGAUCGCCCAGACUUCCCUCUCACCCUACAUGCAUUCUCCUGUCUCUUCCUACCAGGUACACAGCCCGUCCUGGAUGCACCAUCAGUCAUACCUCAUGCAGCCAGCUGGUACAGUUCUUACCCCAACAAUGGAUCACGCUAUGUCCAUCCAGCCCACGUCCAUGAUGGGUCCUCUUACCCAGCAGCUAAGCCACCUGUCCCUGGGCAGCACGGGCACAUAUAUUCCGGCCAACACAACUAUGCAGGGGACCUACAUCCCCCAGUACACCCCAGUGCCUCCCUCCAGUGUCCCAGUAGAGGAAAAUGGCGGUCAGCAGCAACAGGUUGCCAUGGAGACUCCUGCAGAGCACACAAACUACUCGUACCAACACACCAAGUGAAGCUAAGCUCCCAGCAGGGUGGGGCUGAGGGCACGAAAUGAAUCCAACCAAACAGGAUUCAGCUGGAAGAGAUCUGUGCUCCAUACCAUCACCAAGCACCCGGACUUGAACAUGGAUAACAAAAGGAACGUGUGUGUGUGUGUGUGUGUUGGUUUGUUUGUUUUUUUGUUUGUUUUUUGUUUUUUUGGUUGUUUGUU